GAAGGCGGGAUUACAACUCUCAGGGGGAGCAAAAAAAUAAAAAAAAAGAGCGCGCGCGCUUCUAGAGCUGAAAGGCACGAUGGGGCGUGGCCAGAACCCUCCGGCUCCGGACAAGAGGCGGGCAUUGAAACGCACGGACGAGUGAAGGAGUCGAAGCCAUUUCCCGGCAAAGCCCCCCAUUGGGAGGCGGCGAAGCUUUGGAAGUUGGGGAUUGGUGGACUUCACAGCGGGGCGGGCUCAAAGGAGGUCCGCGGCAGCAGGGUUGCCUCCCCUCCCCCCUCCCCUCCCAUGUCAACAAGCGGGGCGCCUGCGCCGGGGGUUUGCGCGUCUUUUCCUCUCAUGCGCGGUAUUUGCUUUCGGAGCGAGGCCCGGGGUUUGGCCUAGAGCCGGUGGCGGCGCAAUAAAAAGCAGGAGGCCUUCCCCAUCGCGGACUCUCAGAGCAGCAGCCUCCUCCCCCCCCUCCCUCCCUCCCGACCCUUCUCCCCUGGAGGUUUAGGAUGGCGGAAGACUCGCCCAAGCGGCGCAAGGCCAAUUUCAACGAGGCGGAGACGGAGGUGCUGAUCGAGCAGGUGCUGAAACACGAGCAGGUGCUGUUCGCAGCCGGGCCUGGCCGAGCCUCCCCGGGGCAGAAGCGCAAAGUCUGGGAGCUCAUCCGGCAUAAAGUGAACCCGGUGGCCGCUUGCCCUCGCGAGGUGGAGGACCUCAAAAAGCGCUGGCGGGACCUGAAGCGCCGCGAUCGGAGCAAACUCUGCCGCGUCACCCACGGCGCCGGCGGGGUUGCCCCCCACCCCGCCUCGUUCGGCCUCCUGAUGGGCAACGAGGACGCCUCGCCGCCCGACCACCUCCGAUCCUAUCCCUCGGGGCUGCCUGCCGCCAGCGAGGCUCUGCCCAUCGUCGGGGGGAUCGACACCCUGGAUCUGCCCAGAGCCUCCUCCGCGUCGGAUAUGGGUUUUACAGAUGAUCCUGGUCCAUCCCAACAAUCGUGUGUGGAGAAAAUAAAUCUAAAAGAAGAAAUAGUGGUGAAAGUAGUGGAACCAGAAGAAAGCUCAGAAGAUAUGGCAGUUGUUCCUCCUAGCCAGGAGCAGCUCCCUUUUUUGGGGAUACCGAACGGAGGCCCUUGCGGAAAAGUAAAAGCCAAAACGAAAACUCAAUCCCAGACAGACUCUAAUGAAAUUACAGAAGAAGAUCUCUUACAGAUCCAACAGAAUCAACUGCAUAUCAUUCAAUCUGGGUUCGAUAGCAUCAAUCAUAAUCUUCGGCUGCUACACCAAGGAAUGCAAGAUCUCAACAACACCCUCAGUGUCAUGACACAUACGUUAGUUGCUAUAAAAAAUGUCUAUGUGAAAAACAAUGCCGGUCCAACUACCUUUGCUACUGUCACUACCCAGACCACCGCAGGAUACCUGAGUCCUGGAUCCCCUUUAGUCGAGGACAGAGUUAGGGUACCAGUAGCUGGGAGUAGCAGCAGAAGCAGCAGCUGCAGCUCCAGCUCAAUGUCGCAAGAACCAGGCCCUUCAGAAUUUCCUCGGCCUCCCCACAGACCUAUUAAAAAAGAACAUUCAAAUGGAUGUUACUAUUUCUGUUUUGCAGAUGUGUAAGACUUGAAUACAUGUAAUGCAACUGUGACAUUUGAGUAGCUAUUCUGUACCCUGCUCCGGCACUGCAUCAUGGCCAGCAAAUUUCUCUGGCUAUUUGUUUCUGAUAAUGCUAAAUGUAUGAGAUAUCCAGUAUUCCCAUGUGCAGAAAGCCUGUAUCAUAAGGGGAAAAACACUAGCUACAAAUUGAUUCAACUGACUAUGAGGGGCAAUAUAGCAAUAUUUAAUAUUAAAGUGAAUUUUAAAAGCUCAUUUCUAUACAUGUUUACUCAGAAAUAGGUCCUGCCAUACCUAGGCUGGUUAACUUCCAAGUAAGAAUGAAUAGGAUUUACCUGGCUGAUGUCUCAUACAUUGGCUUGCUAAGAGAGAAUAAAUAAACCCUGACAUCUUGAUAUUUUUAAUGUUGAGUUUAAAACAAGAAUGAAGAGAUAGCAGCAACUUUAUUCUUUUCUGGUAUAAACAUGUCAUAAGACAUCUUUUUGUAACAAUCUAAAUUGUGAAUUGGUAAAAAAAAAAAUCUUGACUUUAAAUGCUGCAUAGUAUCUCUCCCGUAAAAUAUACCAUAAUAUUUAAGUUUAAUAGUAACAGAGUUGGAAGGGAUCUUGGAGGUCAUCUAGUCCAACCCCUUGCUCACGCAGGAGACCUAUACUAGGGAUUUGAACCGCCUAACUGCAUUUCUGAUCAACAAGCUCAGUGUCUUAGCCACUGAGCCACCUAGUCAGGCUAUGGAUCUUAUCUGUUCUAGCAUUGGGAAUAAAUUGAGGUACUAAACCACCAGCCAAGUGCUUGCUAGUUUUUCCUGAUUAUUCCUCCAUUAUUGCUCAUGCCUCACUAUUCAGAAUACAACUUCCCCAUCAAAACACUUUGCACAAAAUAUGCAGUAAUGGGAAGGUUGCCUUUUGUUGUAUAAUAAAAGGAAAUUUGUCCAAAAAAAAAAAAAGCUCCGUAUUCUUGAGAUUUAUUUUU